AUGACGAUUGCCCCAGAGAAACAGACCCGCUACUGGCGCAACCGCAGCCCUUACCCGAGGCCUUCUGCCGGCGAAGCCAACGAUGGAUCGGGCGAUGACAGCACCGACGAGAGCUGCAGUCCCUCUAAGCGCAAGGUCCAACAGGUCAAGACCCUCGCGGACAGUGCUGAGGUUGAACCGUCUUGGCGCCACCGGGUCGCCGAUUGGACCCCCCCAUCCACACAGGAACACGAUUUAGAGUCUCCUUUGAAGAGAUCCAUUACCUGGGACCCCGAUUACGCCCCCCGGAACACGAAUCGUCGUCGUGCCUCUCAAAGCAGCACCCAGACGGACGUGUCUUACACCACCUCUUCACCCGACGACUCCAAGAGGCUGUCCCUGUUAGAGGAAACCAAUUCGAAGGAGUUCUUGGACCCGCGUAGCCCAUGCUUCAACUUCACCCAAACGAAGCCUACAGCUGCCGAUCACUCUCUUCUGCCCCUCUAUAAUGCCAAUAGCAACUCGGCCAGGAAGCUUUGCUCCCUCGCCGACAGCCUCAAAAGUCCCCUUUUGAGCAUGGAAACCCCGAAGGACCGAGAAUCCCUCAAUACCAAACAAUUGCUCGGGCUCCGUCUCUCACGCGUCCUCCCCUCGCCGUUCCCUGGGCUUCCUGGUGGCGGCACGGGCAAGCUGUACAAGGGGCGUCUUGAUGCGAGAAUCGACCCUCGGCUGGAGGCGGCAGAGGGAAGAGCAGAAAGAAUGGACCAGUUGGCGGUGUGGGCUGUUGCUGGACUCGUUGGGGUCUGGGUCUUGUUGGUGAUGGCAAAUCUUGAGUUGGCUAGAUAUGAGGCUGUGCUGAAAUCGAUGCAAGGAAGAUGA